AAUCACCCAGAGAAGGACACAGUGGCCCGAGACAGAGGUGCUCUGAGCGGUGUUGUAUGUCCGUUGCUGUCCCUCCAUAAACCGAGGGCUUGGAGUGAUCUCCUGUUCCUGUGGCCACCGCCAUGGGCUUUGUGAGACAGAUCCAGCUUUUGCUCUGGAAGAACUGGACCCUGAGGAAAAGGCAAAAGAUUCGCUUUGUGGUGGAACUUGUAUGGCCUUUAUCUUUAUUUCUGCUCUUGAUCUGGUUAAGGAAUGUCAACCCGCUCUACAGCCAACAUGAAUGCCAUUUUCCCAACAAGGCGAUGCCCUCAGCAGGAAUGUUGCCGUGGCUUCAGGGGAUGUUCUGCAAUGUGAACAAUCCUUGUUUUCAAAGUCCCACCCCGGGAGAAUCUCCUGGAAUUGUGUCAAACUAUAACAACUCCAUCUUGGCACGAGUGUUUCGAGAUUUUCAAGAACUCCUUAUGGAUGCACCAGAGAGCCAGCACCUUGGCCAUGUUUGGAAAGAACUUCAAACUUUUUCCCAACUCAUGGACACCCUCCGGACUCACCCUGAGAGAGUUGCAGGAAGAGGGAUACGAAUUCGGGAUGUCCUAAAAGAUGAAGAAACACUGACGCUAUUUCUCAUGAAAAAUAUUGGCCUGUCUGACUCAGUCGUCUACCUUCUGGUCAACUCCCAAGUUCGUCCUGAGCAGUUUGCUCAUGGAGUCCCAGACCUGACACUGAAGGACAUCGCCUGCAGCGAGGCCCUCCUGGAGCGCUUCUUAAUCUUUAGCCAGCGCCGUGGGGCACAGACAGUGCGUGAUGCCAUGUGCUCCCUCUCCCAGGGCACCCUCCAGUGGGUGGAAGACACUCUGUAUGCCAACGUGGACUUCUUCAAGCUCUUCCGUGUGCUUCCCACACUCCUGGACAGCAGUUCUCCAGGUAUCAAUCUGAGAUCGUGGGGAAGAAUAUUAUCUGUUAUGUCAUCAAGAAUUCAAGAGUUCGUUCAUCAACCGAGUGUUCAAGACUUGCUGUGGGUGACCAGGCCUCUCAUGCAGGCUGGGGGUCCAGAGACCUUCACACAGCUGAUGAGCAUCCUGUCUGACCUCUUGUGUGGCUACCCAGAGGGAGGAGGCUCUCGAGUGUUCUCCUUCAACUGGUAUGAAGACAAUAACUAUAAGGCCUUCCUAGGGAUUGACUCCACAAGGAAAGAUCCUGUCUAUUCUUAUGACAAAAGAACAACGACCUUUUGUAAUGCAUUGAUCCAGAGCCUGGAGUCAAACCCUCUCACCAAAAUAGCCUGGAGGGCAGCAAAACCUUUGCUGAUGGGAAAAAUCCUCUUUACUCCAGAUUCUCCUGCAGCUCGCAGAAUACUGCAGAAUGCCAACUCAACUUUUGAGGAGCUGGAGCGCCUUAGGAAGUUGGUCAAAGCUUGGGAAGAAGUAGGCCCUCAGAUCUGGUACUUCUUUGACAAGAGCACACAGAUGACCAUGAUCAGAGACACCCUGCAGAACCCAACAGUGAAAGACUUCUUGAAUAGUCAGCUUGAUGAGGAAGGUAUUACUGUAGAAACUGUGCUGAACUUCCUGUAUAAGGGUCCUCAAGAGAAUCAGGCUGAUGACGUGGCCAACUUUGACUGGAGGGAUGUAUUUAACGUCACUGAUCGCACCCUACGCCUGGCUAGUAGAUAUCUGGAGUGCUUGAUCCUGGAUAAGUUUGAAAGCUAUGAUGAUGAAAUUCAGCUCACUCAACGAGCCCUGUCUCUGCUGGAGGAAAACAGGUUCUGGGCUGGUGUCGUGUUCCCUGACAUGUAUCCCUGGACCAGUGCCCUGCCACCCCACGUGAAGUACAAGAUCCGGAUGGACAUAGAUGUGGUGGAGAAAACCAAUAAGAUCAAGGACAGGUACUGGGAUUCUGGUCCCAGAGCCGAUCCUGUGGAAGAUUUCCGAUACAUCUGGGGAGGGUUUGCCUAUCUGCAGGAUAUGAUCGAACAGGGGAUCACAAGGAGUCAGGCGCAGGUUGAAGUUCCCGUUGGAAUCUAUCUCCAGCAGAUGCCUUAUCCCUGCUUUGUGGAUGACUCUUUUAUGAUCAUCCUGAACCGCUGUUUCCCUAUCUUCAUGGUGCUGGCCUGGAUCUACUCUGUCUCCAUGACUGUAAAGAGCAUCGUCUUAGAGAAGGAGUUGCGACUGAAGGAGACCUUGAAAAAUCAGGGUGUCUCCAAUGCAGUGAUUUGGUCUACCUGGUUCCUGGACAGCUUCUCUAUCAUGUCAAUGAGCAUCUUCCUUCUGACCACAUUCAUCAUGCAUGGAAGGAUCCUGCAUUACAGCAAUCCAUUCAUCCUCUUCCUGUUCCUGUUGGCCUUCUCCACUGCUACGAUCAUGCAGUGCUUCCUGCUCAGCACCUUCUUCUCCAGGGCCAGCCUGGCAGCAGCCUGUAGUGGUGUCAUCUACUUCACCCUCUACCUGCCACACAUUCUCUGCUUCGCCUGGCAGGACCGAAUGACGGCUGAUCUGAAGAUGGCUGUGAGCCUGCUGUCUCCUGUGGCAUUUGGGUUUGGCACUGAGUACCUGGUACGUUUUGAGGAGCAAGGCCUGGGGCUGCAGUGGGGCAAUAUCGGGAAUAGCCCCAUGGAAGGGGAUGAAUUCAGCUUCCUGAUGUCUAUGAAGAUGAUGCUCCUUGAUGCUGCUCUGUAUGGACUGCUUGCCUGGUACCUCGACCAGGUUUUUCCAGGGAACUAUGGAACCCCACUUCCUUGGUACUUCCUUCUGCAAGAGUCCUAUUGGCUUGGUGGUGAAGGCUGUUCAACCAGAGAAGAAAGGGCCCUGGAAAAGACGGAACCCAUAACAGAGGAAAUGGAGGAUCCGGAACACCCAGAAGGGACCCAUGACUCCUUCUUUGAACGAGAGCUUCCGGGCUUGGUUCCUGGGGUAUGUGUGAAAAAUCUGGUAAAGAUUUUUGAGCCCUACAGCAGGCCAGCCGUGGACCGUCUUAACAUUACCUUCUACGAGAACCAGAUCACUGCGUUGCUUGGUCACAAUGGAGCAGGGAAAACCACCACCUUGUCCAUCCUGACGGGUCUGUUGCCACCAACAUCAGGGACUGUGCUCAUUGGGGGAAAGGACAUUGAAACCAGCCUGGAUGCAGUCCGACAGAGUCUUGGCAUGUGUCCACAGCACAACAUCCUGUUCCACCACCUCACAGUGGCUGAACACAUCCUGUUCUACUCCCAGCUGAAAGGGAAGUCCUGGGAGGAGGCCCAGCUGGAGAUGGAAGCCAUGUUGGAGGACACAGGCCUCCACCACAAGAGGAAUGAAGAAGCUCAGGAUCUGUCAGGUGGCAUGCAGAGGAAGCUGUCUGUUGCCAUUGCCUUCGUGGGAGGUGCCAAGGUGGUUAUUCUGGAUGAGCCUACCUCUGGGGUGGACCCCUAUUCGAGACGCUCAAUUUGGGACCUGCUUCUGAAGUAUCGCUCAGGCAGAACCAUCAUCAUGUCCACUCAUCACAUGGAUGAGGCUGACCUCCUCGGGGACCGCAUCGCCAUCAUUUCCCAGGGAAGGCUCUAUUGCUCAGGCACCCCACUCUUCCUGAAGAACUGCUUUGGCACAGGCUUCUACUUAACUUUGGUGCGCAAGAUGAAAAACAUCCAGAGCCAAAGAACAGGCUAUGAGGGGACCUGCAGCUGUGCAUCUCAGGGUUUCUCUACCAGGUGUCCAGCCCACAUAGACGAGAUAAGUCCGGAACAAGUCUUAGAUGGGGAUGUGAAUGAACUGAUGGAUAUGGUACAGCACCAUGUUCCAGAGGCAAAGCUGGUGGAAUGCAUUGGUCAAGAACUUAUCUUCCUUCUUCCAAAUAAGAAUUUCAAGCAGAGAGCAUACGCCAGCCUUUUCAGAGAGCUCGAGGAAACACUGGCCGAACUGGGGCUCAGCAGUUUUGGAAUUUCUGACACUCCCCUGGAAGAGAUUUUUCUGAAGGUCACGGAAGAUUCUGAUUCAGGACUCUUGUUUGCUGGUGGUGCUCCACAGAAAAGAGAAAACACCAGUCUCCGACACCCUAUGGAGAAGGCCAGACAGAUUCCCCUGGGCUCCAAUGGCUGCUCUGCAGAGCCAGCUCCUCACCCAGAGGACCACUCUUUCUCGAAGCCAGAGGAACGCAGCCGGCUCAACACAGGAGCACAGCUCAUCAUCCAACAUAUGCAGGCAUUGCUGGUCAAGCGAUUCCACCACGCUGCUCGCAGCCACAAGGACUUCCUGGCCCAGAUUGUGCUUCCGGCCACUUUUGUGUUUUUGGCUCUGAUGCUUUCCAUCAUCGUCCCUCCCUUUGGUGAAUAUCCUGCUUUGAUCCUUCACCCCUGGAUGUAUGGGCAGCAGUACACUUUCUUCAGUUUGGACCAGCCAGGCAGUGAGCAGCUUGCAGCACUUGCAGACGUCCUCCUGAACAAGCCGGGCUUUGGCAACCGCUGCCUGAAGGAAGAGUGGCUUCCGGAGUACCCCUGUGGCAAUUCAACCCCCUGGAAGACUCCGUCUGUGUCCCCAAACAUCACCCACCUGUUCCAGAAGCAGAAAUGGACACCAGACGACCCCUCGCCUUCCUGCAGGUGCAGCACCAGAGAGAAGCUCACCAUGCUCCCUGAGUGCCCAGAGGGCGCAGGGGGGCUCCCACCCCCUCAGAGAAUACAGCACAGCUCUGAAAUUCUACAAGAUCUUACAAACAGGAACAUCUCUGACUUCUUGGUAAAAACAUAUCCUGCUCUUAUACGAAGCAGCUUAAAGAGCAAAUUCUGGGUCAAUGAACAGAGGUACGGAGGAAUUUCCAUCGGAGGAAAGCUCCCGGUUCUUCCCAUCACUGGGGAAGCACUCGUUGGAUUUUUAAGCCACCUUGGCCAGAUAAUGAAUGUGAGCGGGGGCCCCAUCACCAGAGAGGCCUCUAAAGAAAUGCCUGCUUUCCUGAAACAUCUAGAAACUGAAGACAACAUUAAGGUAUGGUUUAACAACAAAGGUUGGCAUGCCCUGGUGAGCUUUCUCAACGUGGCUCAUAACGCCAUCUUGCGGGCCAGCCUGCACAAGGACAAGAACCCUGAGGAGUAUGGCAUCACCGUCAUAAGCCAGCCCCUGAACCUGACCAAGGAGCAGCUCUCAGAGAUCACAGUGCUGACUACUUCGGUAGAUGCUAUGGUUGCCAUCUGUGUGAUUUUCGCCAUGUCCUUCAUCCCAGCCAGCUUUGUCCUUUAUUUGAUCCAGGAGAGGGUAAACAAAGCCAAGCAUCUCCAGUUUGUCAGUGGAGUGAGCCCCAUAACCUACUGGCUGACCAACUUCCUCUGGGACAUUAUGAAUUAUACUGUGAGCACUGCUUUGGUGGUGGGCAUCUUUAUUGGGUUUCAGAAGAAAGCCUACACUUCUCCGGAAAAUCUUCCUGCCCUUGUUGCACUGCUCAUGCUGUACGGAUGGGCAGUCAUUCCCAUGAUGUACCCAGCAUCCUUCCUGUUUGAUAUCCCCAGCACAGCCUAUGUGGCCUUGUCUUGUGCUAAUCUGUUCAUCGGUAUCAACAGCAGUGCCAUCACCUUCAUCUUAGAAUUGUUUGAGAAUAACCAGACGCUACUCAGAUUCAACGCCAUGCUGAGGAUGCUGCUCAUUAUCUUUCCCCACUUCUGUCUGGGCCGGGGCCUCAUUGAUUUGGCACUGAGCCAGGCCGUGACCGAUGUCUACGCCCGGUUUGGUGAGGAGCACUCUUCAAAUCCAUUCCAGUGGAACCUGAUUGGGAAGAACCUGGUUGCCAUGGCAGUAGAAGGGGUGGUGUACUUCCUCCUGACUCUCCUCAUCCAGCACCACUUCUUUCUCAUCCAAUGGGUUGCCGAGCCUGCUAAGGAGCCCAUUAUAGAUGAAGAUGAUGAUGUGGCUGAAGAAAGACAAAGAAUUAUUAGUGGGGGAAAUAAAACUGAUAUCUUAAGGCUAAAUGAACUGACCAAGAUUUAUUCAGGCUCCUCCAGCCCAGCUGUGGACAGGCUGUGUGUCGGAGUCCGGCCUGGAGAGUGCUUUGGUCUUCUGGGAGUGAAUGGAGCUGGCAAAACAACCACGUUCAAGAUGCUUACUGGGGAUACCACAGUGACUUCAGGCGAUGCCACUAUAGCAGGCAAGAGUAUUUUAACCAAUAUAUCUGAUGUCCAUCAAAGUAUGGGCUACUGUCCUCAGUUUGAUGCAGUCGAUGACCUGCUCACAGGGCGAGAACAUCUUUAUCUUUAUGCCCGUCUUCGAGGCGUACCAGCAGAUGAAAUCGAAAGGGUGACAAACUGGAGUAUUCAGAGCCUGGGCCUGUCUCUUUAUGCAGACCGCCUGGUUGGCACCUAUAGUGGAGGCAAUAAGCGGAAACUCUCCACAGCCAUUGCACUGAUAGGCUGCCCGCCUCUGGUGCUGCUGGAUGAGCCCACCACGGGCAUGGAUCCCCAGGCACGCCGCAUGUUGUGGAACAUCAUCGUGAGCAUCAUCAGAGAAGGGAGAGCUGUGGUCCUCACAUCCCACAGCAUGGAAGAAUGUGAGGCUCUGUGUACCCGGCUGGCCAUCAUGGUAAAAGGCACCUUUCAGUGUCUGGGCACCAUUCAGCACCUCAAGUACAAGUUUGGAGAUGGCUACAUUGUCACAAUGAAAAUCAAAUCCCCAAAGGAAGACUUGCUUCCGGACCUGAAUCCAGUGGAGCAGUUCUUCCAGGGGAAUUUCCCGGGCAGCGUGCAGAGGGAGAGACACUACAACAUGCUCCAGUUCCAGGUCUCCUCCUCCUCCCUGGCCCGGAUCUUCCGGCUGCUCAUCUCCCACAAGGACAGCCUGCUCAUCGAGGAGUACUCAGUCACGCAGACCACACUGGACCAGGUAUUUGUGAAUUUUGCUAAACAGCACACUGAAAUUCAUGACCUCCCUUUGCACCCUCGAGCUGCUGGAGCAAGCCGACAAGCCAAGGUACUCCUGUCACUCUCUCCUAGUUCACUAUUUGAGGCACAUCCUCAGCCUGCGGACUGGUCCACUGGGCCUGAGGGACCCCAAGGCCCAGAUACGCCUCCCACAGAGAACUCCACCCACACCACAUCACCACAUCCCUGCCACUCCCCACCAGUUCUGAGCUAAGGCCUGUUCAGUCAGUGGUUGUGUAGUUUCCUUUUGUGAUCAGGGAGCCAUCUGGGUGGUGUGGGAGAGUGUUUUUGAAAAGAAUUUUCCCGUAUGUUUUUGCUUAUAAUGAAAAAACUUGGAUUUUGGAAAUAUGACGCAGGGAAAAUAGAGAAUAUUUAAAUGCUUGGGUUGUUGGGAUACUUGACAUUUAUGUUUUUGGUCAUAUGUUUGAGUUUCAUAGGAAGGAAAUUAAUUGACACUCCAUUUCAAUGGUGGACAUAUUUGGUUAGAGCAAAGAUUGUCUAUUUUGGGAAGAGGGCUCUUUGUUCUUUAUAAAAAUGUCAAGGGGCCCCUGGCUGACUCAGUCAGUGGAGCAUGCUACUCUUGACCUUGGGGUUGUGAGUUUGAGCUCUAUGUUGGGUGUAGAGAUUACUUAAAAAAUAAUUAAUUUAAAAAAUGUAUCAAGAUGGUGGAGGAAGAAGCAACAGAAGGUAUGUCCUGGCCUGUGAUAACCUUUGGGUUAGGUGCUUCCAGGAGCCUCUCCUGGCAUGGUGAUCCAUGUAAGGAGCAUGUCCACCUCAUCCCAGUUGCCAGAAAGAGAGAGAGAGAGCAAAGUACUGCAGGAGGCACCAGGAUCCAAGUGCCUUGGCUGAAGCCUGGGAAUUUUUUUUUUUUUAAGGAGGGUCCAUGCCCAACAUGGGGCAUGAACUCAGGACCCUGAGAUUGAGAGUCUUAUGCUCUACUGACUGAGCCAGCCAGGCAUCCCAAGCCUGGGAUUUUAAAGGGACAAAUUAAUUCAGCCAUUCUAUCCAAACUUACCUGGAGAAUAAAGUCAAAGCAGUUUUACAAUAAGUAAAGAUGUGCAAAACCUUAUUUCCUAUAAAAUUCUCAUUCCUCCCACAGGCUUCUUAAUUGCAAAAAACACACAAAUCUUGCCAUGGAUUGAAACACUUGUUUUCAAGGCCAUGCUUGCAAUGAAUUUUUCCCUUUGCUCUUGACCAGUAGAGAUCUAAUAGCUACUUGACAAGGUUAACCUUGCCCCCACCCCAUCUCCCUAGAGGACCCAGAAAGGCCUAAAUAAAGGCAUCUGUCCAGGUAAUGAUAGUUCUGCUAAUAUUUUCUGGCCACUCUUCCUCAUUUAUAAAUCUUAUACUUGAUGUUUACACCUGUAGAAAAUUAUUCUUUGAACGCCAUUUCCAGUUAUGAAUAUCUUUUGUAACUUAAAAUACAUCACUGGGCAGCAAAAGUAUUUCUUAGAACUGGCAAUGGUCUCCCCACCACCACCCAGUAUAAAGGGAUAAACCAGGUCAUCCCUAGGCCAGGCAGGGGCCGCUGAUUGUCUGUGAUCUGCAGCAUUUAAUUCCAAAAUUGUCCCUCUUCUUGGAUGUGACCAUUUUUCUAUUUUGUUUGCCACAUUUUAGUAUACAAAUAUUAGAAAACCUACUGCAACACAUUUAUUAAAUUGGCACAUUUUUAUAAUAAAUUUGUGACUUAAACCCUAAGUCUGACUUAAUGAUAUAUUACCUUUAUAAAGGUUUGCAAAAAUCCUCUUGUAUAACAUUGUAUGUAAAUAAAUGUCAUGAAACCAAUAGUAACUACAUUCUUGUUUACAUUGUACUACUUUAAAAUAAUUUCCCUUAAUGUCUCUUACAAACAAGAAAAAGGUCAUGUCUCUCAAUAAGUUCUAGUAAACAUUCACCACUUGCCUCCAAACAAAUGUGAGAGCACAGCUUGACGAAAUUCAGCAGGCUGGUGGCUUCCCAGCCCCAAUUUGUGAGCAAGGACCACACCAACAUUUCAUUAUCUUCAGAGCAGUGUGACUACUUAUCAAGGAUGUUUUGAGUUCUUAAAGUACUCAGUACUGGAAAAUAUCUUUUGGGAUGAGGUUUAUAGAGGGUCACAAUCUGUUUUAUGGAAACAAGUAAGGGUCAAGGUUUUGAUAGAAAACUAGUAGAUAGAUGAUCAGUCAACUACGGUUUAUGAUUGAGUGACCAUCACAUGUGUUUCCAGAAUCAGGAACAACUCAGACGAGUUCCUGACCCUUAUUCUUUUUUUUUUUUUUUUUUUGGUAUGCAAUUUUUUUUAACUGAAAUGUAAUUGACAUACAAUAUUACUUUCAGGCGUACAACAUAAAAUGUUGUAAAACUGUAGUGAUUUGGCAGUUAUAUUCAUUACAAAUGCUCAUGAUAGUCACCAUACAACAUUGUUACAAUAUUAUUGACUGUAUUCCCUAUGCCAUUCUUUUCAUCCCCAUGACUUAUUUAUUUUAUAACUGCAAGUUUGUACAUCUUUAUCAUCUUUACCUAUUUCAUCCAUGCCCCCCACCCCUCCCUCUGGCAACCGCCAGUUUAUUCUCUGUAUUUAUGAGUGUUUCUGACUUAUUUGUUUUGAUUUUUAGGUUACACAUACAAGUGAAAUCACAUGGUAUCUGUCUUUCUGUCUUAUUUCAGUUAGCAUCAUAGCCUCUAGGUCCAUCCAUGUUGUCAUGAAUGGCAAGAUUUCAUUCUUUUAUGGCUGAAUUAUAUUGCAUUGUAUGUAUGUGUGUGUGUGUGUGUGUGUGUGUGUGUGUGUGGGUGUGUUUGUCACAUCUUUUUCUUUAGUUUUUUUAUUUGAGUAUAGUUGACACACAAUGUUAUGUUUCAGGUAUACAACAUAAUAAUUCAACUUCUCUAUACCUUAUGCUAUGCUUACCACAAUAUACCACAUCUUUAUCCAUUCAUCUCUCAGUGGACACUUGGGAUGCUUCCAUAUCUUGGCUAUUGUAAAUAAUGCUGCAAUAAACAGAGGAGUGCAUGUA